AUGGAAGAAUUCAGAAAAACUCUUCCUAUCUACCAAUUUAAAGAAAAAAUAAUUUAAAUAAUAAAAGAUAAUUUUUUUUCAAUUAUCACAGGUGACACAGAUCUUCAAAAAUUAAAAAUAGUAAUCACACAACCCCGCCGAGUAGCCGCAAUAUCAAUGGCAAAACGUAUAUGUGUUGAAAGAGGAGUUGAAUUAGGUUCAGAAGUAGGAUAUUCAAUAAGAUUUGAUGAUAAAACAUCAUCAAAAACUCAUUUAAGAUACAUGACAGAUGGUAUAUUAGUGCGAGAAUGUCUAUAAGAUCCCCUAUUAAUGAAAUAUCAUAUUGUAAUAUUAGACGAAGCCCAUGAAAGGAGUCUUUUUACUGAUAUUUUGUUCGCUUUAAUAAAAUAGGCGGCUAAAAAUCGUUAAGGAUCUUUGAAAUUAAUUAUUACUUCCGCAACUUUAAAUACUUAGUAGUUUUCUAGAUUUUUUGAUAGUUGUCCUGUUUUAAAAAUGAAAGGAAAUUCAUUUCCUGUUGAAAUAAAAUAUGGACCAUGUUUGGCGAAUAAGAGAAUCGAUGAAAGUGUAAAAGCUGUUUUGAGAAUUCAUUUAAAUGAAGGACCUGGGGAUAUUCUUGUUUUUUUAACUGGAUCGGAAGAAUGUGAAAAAGCAAGAAAAUUUUGUAUUGAAAAAUUGCAAGAAUUGCUAAGUAAAGGAAGAGAGAUUCCGGGAAUGCUUAUUUUUGCGUUAUACGGGUCUUUAUAAUAGGAAGAAUAAUAAUAAGUGUUUUAGAAGGUUCCUGAAAAUGUCCGAAAAGUAAUUUUUUCAACUAAUAUAGCCGAAACUUCAUUAACUAUUGAUAAUAUAGGCUUUGUAAUUGACUGCGGAUACGUAAAAUAGAAAUGCUUUAACCCCAAAACAGGUAUGGAUGCUCUUCUAAUUGUUCCUAUUUCGAAAGUUUAGGCGAUUUAAAGAACUGGUAGAGCUGGGAGAACUUAAGAAGGAAAAUGCUUGAGAUUAUAUUCGAGUAAGUUUUAUGAAGAAGAGAUGAAAAAUUAAACUUUACCGGAAAUUUUGAGGGUUUCGUUAACUAAUGUUAUUUUGACUUUAAAAUCAAUGCAAAUUCAUGAUGUUUUGAAUUUCGAUUAUAUGGAACAUCCUUCUAAAGAAGCAAUUUUUUAAGCUUUAAAAUAAUUAAGAUUUCUAAAAGCUAUUAAAGAGGAUGGAUUUGUGACUUUAUUGGGAUUAGAAAUGAAUAAAUUCCCUUUAGAACCUUCUUAUUCCAAGGCUUUGAUCUCUUCAUAUUUUAUGAAUUGUCAUUAUGAUGUUUUGAGGUUAGUCGCAGGACUUUCUUCAGAAAAUAUUUGGAGUAAACCGAGUAGAAUUAGGGAGAAUGAGUUUAAAAUUUUCGAAAAAAAUUUAAAGAAAUAUAUGGAUGUUGAUAGUGGAGAUCAUAGGGGGUUGCUGAAUAUUAUUGAUGAAUGGAAAAGAGGAUUUAAUGUACCUUUUAUUAAUGUAAGAGCUGCUAAAUAAACUGAAAAUAUAGAAAAUUAAUUAAAAGAUAUAAUAAAAACUAUCAAUUUUGAUAAAUGUAGGGAAUUCUAUGAAGAUGAUUUUUUGUUUUAGCUUUAUUUACAAGCAGAUAAGGAAACUAAAAGAAAUAAUAAAUAGGAUGAAAAAUAUUUAAAUAAAAGCAAUGUUAAAAAUUAAAAAUUUGGACUUACAAAAGAUGAAAUUUUCAGAAUGGCGUUGACUACAGGUUUUUAUUAUAAUAGUGCGAGAAAAAUAUAAAAUGUGUAAGAUGGAACGUAUUUAUUGUUAUAUCCAGAAGGAAAUAUAGUCGAUAUAGAUCCUUUUAGUGUCUUUUCAAUUGAAGAAUAAUACCCCCCGCAUGUAAUAUUUACGGAAUUAGGUGGAAAUAAUAAUGUUAGAGGAGUUAUGAGAUUGAUUUCGAAGGUAGAGCCUGAAUGGAUAAAACCUUAUAUUGAGUUUAUUUAGAAUAUUGAUUGCUUUAAGUUGGCGGGAAUAAACAAAAGUAAAAAUGAAAAUGAAAAUAAUAAUAAUAAAAUUGAAUUUGCUUAAUAAUAAAAAGAAUAAGUUUAAAAUAGAGAAGAGAAAAUUAAAGAAGCCAAAAAAAGAUAUUUAGAAAGGAAAAAAAAAUGA